GACUCAGAAUGACCCAGCAAAACCACAAUCGAAGGUGGGAGAAAUCGUUGAGAGAGAAUGGACGUUGGCUUGGUGUUUUGCUUCAUCCUGCAGCUUCCAUGGCUAAUACCAGCAGCUAACUCUGAUUGUUAUGAAACAUGCGGGAACGUUCAGAUUCUAUACCCAUUCGGAAUAACAAGAGGUUGCUAUGCCUAUAACAAUCCCUGGUUUAGAGUAACUUGCAACGAAACCUCUAAUGGCCGAAAGCCUUUCAUCAGUCGCAUCAAUCUGGAGCUACUCGAUUCGUUUUCGGCUAACGGGAAUGGCGUCGUCUUUGUCAACAAUCCGGUAACUUAUCUAAAUUGUGGGGAUAAAAGAAACAAUGGCAGCACCACUUCUCCUUCAAGUGUCAACCUACAAGGUUCUCCAUUUUUCUUCUCCAGUAGAUUCAAUCGAUUCGGGUCGGUAGGUUGCGGCAACUUCGCUGCUGUUUUUCGCAACAAUCAAACUAAUCCGAUCUCUAGCUGCCUGCAGAAAAGCUGUGGCUACGUGGCUUCUAAGUUACAUGGCUGCCAUGCCAGGUUUUCUGAAAAUAUUACUUUCUAUACAGCAAGCAUGACGGAGGUCAUUAGUGCUGCAGGGAGCAACAGCUGCAUAUCUGCUUUCAUAUUCAGCACUCAAAGUUCUCUUUACGCAUCGUAUUAUUAUUCAGACGGAUUGGAUCCUGUGUCCGGUCACUACAGAUUACAACGAUCGGAUUCAGGACUUGAAUUUCCUGAUAAUAUCAGCAUCGAUACAACUCAUGUUCGGGCAGCGUUGGAGUGGAAUCCCUGCGAUUUGGAAGACGUUCUGUGCCAAGAAUUAAAACGAGCUGAAAACCGACGUCAACUGGUUCAAUCGCCAACUCUGCCUUUAACUUUCAAGUAUGGAUGUAUUGAAAGAUGCGGGAACAUUAGUAUUCCAUUCCCAUUUGGAAUCGAAGUUGGCUGUUACAUCAAUCACUGGUUCAGAGUAACUUGCAACGAAACCAUUGACGGGCCAAGGCUGUUCAUAAGUAGGAUCAAUCUGCAAUUACUGGAUGUUUCCUUUUCCGAAGGCAUAGUUGUCGUCAACAAUUCGCUACCUUAUUUCAAUUGCCACCACCUAGGUCGAGAAACUGAUGUGGUUGGUAUCAACCUAACGGGCACCCCUUUUCUCUUCUCUGAUGUCUUCAACAUAUUCGUGUCUGUAGGUUGCGGUAACUUGGCUACUUUUCAUCGUAGUCCAACUGAUUUUCCUUUUAGUUGGUGUGUUCAACCCCUUUGUCACGAUAUCGUGACCUUUGAAGAUAGAUGCUAUGCGGACGUUCCUCCCGGUCACAGUUCUUUUGCUGCAAACAUGAUACAGAUAUCUCCUACUAAUGGCGACAAUAGAUCAUGUGAAUCUGCUUUUAUUGUCGACAAACGUUAUUCUGAUUCACUCAAGAUGAUAUUUCCAUUCCGCAACGACACGAGUAAAUGGACUCAGGCACCCUUUCCCGUAACACUGGUAUGGGGCACCCAAAAGCGCGGGCCUUGUGAGUUGAGAGAAGGUUCAAACAUCUCAUGUCGCUCUGAUGGUGCAUAUUGUUGGACAAGCUUGAGUGAAAUUCAUCUAUGUGUUUGCUCCUCAAAUCCCUCUGAUGAUUCUGUUGAUGUAUGCCAAGAAACAGGAAAAUGUCAUGAUUCAACAUAUAAGUACUGUCAUAUGUUCUGUUUGAAUGCUCCCGGCAUCGAUUGUUUGUCAUUGUGUCCGAUCGGAUAUAAACACAUCCAAGACACGUGCAUGCCCAUACAUCCAAGUAUCGAAACAGAAUCAAAUUCUCAAAAUUCGCCGAUCAUCAUAGGUUGCAUAACUAGUUUUGGGACAGUAUUUGUGCUACUUGGUACAUGGCAUUUGCAUAAACUUCUAAAAAGAAGAAAUGAUAUCAAGCUGAAGCAGAAAUACUUUAAGAGGAACGGAGGUUUACUACUGCAACAACAAUGGUCUGGCAAUGAAAGUAAUGUUGAGAAGAUAAAGUUGUUUACUUCAAAAGAAUUGGAGAAGGCAACAGAUUACUAUAACGAGAAUCGAAUUCUCGGUCGAGGCGGCCAAGGAAUUGUUUACAAGGGAAUGUUGAUGAAUGGUAGCAUUGUGGCAAUCAAAAAGUCUAAAUCGGUGGAAGAGAAGAUAUUAGAUGAAAGGAAGCUUGAUCAGUUCAUCAAUGAGGUGAUGAUUUUAUCAAAAAUUAACCAUAGAAACGUGGUUAAGCUUUUAGGAUGUUGCCUAGAGACAAAAGUCCCUUUGUUGGUGUAUGAAUUCAUCCCAAAUGGGACACUCUAUCAUCUCAUACAUGAGCCAAAUGAAGAGUUUCCAUUGACAUGGGAAAUGCGUUUACGAAUUGCAAUUGAAAUCGCAAAUGCUCUGUCCUACUUACAUUCAGCUGCUUCCGUCCCUAUUUAUCAUCGAGACAUCAAAUCCAGCAACAUACUUUUGGAUGAUAAAUACAAAGCAAAAGUGUCGGAUUUCGGAGCUUCGAUAUCGGUUGCACUCGAGCAAACUCAUGUAACCACUCGAGUACAAGGGACUUUUGGAUAUCUGGAUCCGGAGUAUUUUCGAUCAAGCAAAUUUACAGAAAAGAGUGAUGUAUAUAGUUUCGGAGUAGUUCUUGUUGAACUCGUGACAGGACAAAAACCCAUCUCUUCAAGUGAAUCAGAUGAAGUGGUGAGAAGCUUGGUAAACUUUUUUCUGCACUCAAUGGAGGAAGAUUCUUUACUUGACAUUAUUGAUCCGAUGAUAAUGAAAGCUGAUGAAGAAGAAGAUAUCAUAGCGGUUGCUAAGCUAGCAAAGAGAUGCUUGAAUCUCAAUGGAAAGAAAAGGCCAACAAUGAAACAAGUGGCAUUGGAGCUGGAGUUGAUUAGAUCAUCAGAAGAAGCUAAUGCAAUUCAACAAACUGCAGAUGAAGAUUCUGAUACAGACGACACGAUCGAAGCUUCAGGUAUUGCUUCCUGUUCAACGUCUGGUUCAAUGAUAAAAGAUGGUAUAACUUUGACAUUAGAUGCGUACCUUUAAUUAGUUUGGAACUCUACUUGUUAAACGUUAUUUCAGCUCAUU